AUGAACACCAAGCCUACCUGCACAACUCCUGAUGCUUCCUUUGCACCCAGCCUUGCCACUCACCCUCUCGCAGAACAAGGCGCUUUCCGGCGGAGCAUGGCCAACUCUGAUCUCAACCGAGCACGCUACGGAUGUUUGAAAAUGGAGUUUCCCGGAGGAAGUGACAAUUACCUGACGAUCACAGGACCCUCGCACCCGUUCCUGUCUGGGGCCGAGACAUUCCAUACACCAAGCUUGGGUGAUGAGGAGUUUGAAAUUCCACCCAUCUCCUUGGAUGCUGAUCCCUCACUGGCCGUCUCAGAUGUGGUUGGCCACUUUGAUGACCUGGCGGACCCUUCCUCCUCACAAGAUGGCAGCUUUUCAGCCCAAUAUGGGGUCCAAACAUUGGACAUGCCUGUUGGGAUGACCCAUGGCUUGAUGGAGCAAGGUGGAGGGCUCCUGAGUGGGGGUUUGACCAUGGACUUGGACCAUUCUAUAGGAACUCAGUAUAGCGCCAACCCACCUGUUACAAUUGACGUGCCAAUGACAGACAUGACAUCUGGCUUGAUGGGGCACAGCCAGUUGACCACCAUUGAUCAGUCAGAAUUGAGUUCUCAACUUGGUUUGAGCUUAGGGGGUGGCACCAUCCUGCCAUCUGCCCAGUCACCUGAAGAUCGUCUUUCAACCACCCCUUCACCUACUAAUUCACUCCAUGAGGAUGGUGUUGAAGAUUUCCGGAGGCAGCUUCCUUGCCAGAAGACAGUUGUGGUGGAAGCAGGGAAAAAGCAGAAAGCCCCAAAGAAGAGAAGGAAGAAAGAUCCUAAUGAACCUCAAAAACCAGUUUCAGCAUAUGCUUUAUUUUUUCGUGAUACACAGGCUGCCAUCAAGGGGCAGAAUCCCAAUGCCACUUUUGGGGAGGUUUCAAAAAUUGUGGCCUCUAUGUGGGACAGUCUUGGAGAAGAGCAGAAACAGGUUUAUAAGCGGAAAACUGAAGCUGCCAAGAAAGAGUACCUGAAGGCCCUGGCUGCUUAUAAAGACAACCAGGAGUGCCAGGCUACUGUAGAGACGGUAGAAUUGGAUCCAGUACCACCAGCACAGACUCCUUCUCCACCUCCCAUGGCUACUGUUGACCCAUCAUCUCCAACACCAGCCUCAACUGAGCCCCCUGCGUUGUCCCCUUCCAUUGUUGUUAACUCUAGUACUCUUUCCUCAUAUGUUGCAAACCAGGCAUCUUCAGGGGCUGGGGGCCAGCCCAAUAUCACCAAGUUAAUUAUUACUAAACAGGUAUUGCCUUCCUCUAUUACUGUGUCUCAAGGAGGAAUGGUUACUGUCAUUCCAGCUACAAUGGUGACCUCUCGUGGGCUCCAGCUAGGCCAAACCAGUACAGCUACUAUCCAGCCCAGCCAGCAAGCCCAGAUUGUCACUCGGUCAGUAUUGCAGGCAGCUGCAGCUGCUGCUGCUUCUAUGCAAUUGCCUCCACCUCGACUCCAGCCUCCUCCAUUACAACAAAUGCCUCAGCCCCCAACUCAGCAGCAAGUGACCAUUUUGCAGCAGCCUCCCCCGCUCCAGGCCAUGCAACAACCUCCACCUCAGAAAGUUCGAAUCAAUUUACAGCAACAACCACCUCCUCUGCAGAUCAAGAUUGUGCCUCCACCCACUCUCAAAAUGCAAACUACCGUAGUCCCACCAACUGUGGAAAGUAGUCCUGAGCGGCCAGUAAACAACAGCCCUGAGACCCGUACAGUGGAGGCAACCUCUCCUGAGACAAUCUGUGAGAUGAUCACAGAUGUAGUUCCAGAGGUUGAGUCCCCCUCUCAGAUGGAUGUUGAAUUGGUGAGUGCGUCUCCUAUAGCACUGUCACCUCAGCCUCGAUGUGUGAGAUCAGGGUGUGAGAACCCUCCUGUUGUGAGUAAAGAUUGGGACAAUGAAUACUGCAGCAAUGAAUGUGUAGUGAAGCACUGCAGGGAUGUAUUCUUGGCCUGGGUAGCCUCAAGAAAUUCAAACGCAGUGGUAUUUGUGAAGUAGUUCUUUUUGUUCUACAAGCCAGUGAAGACGUCUCUACUUGGAAUAUGUCCUAGAGCCCAGUUUUGAAACACAAGCUGGCUUCCGAUGUUGGGGCUUCUCAACCCAUCAUGGCCCUUCCUGCUUCUCCCUUCAGCAAGAACCAGGCUGUGGUGCAGAGCUGUUGAGUUUGCUGAAACCUGAAAUUGCUUUUUACUGUCAAGUGCAAGCAGAAAUGCCAGUAAUAGCAGAGGGAAGAAUGAAAGAAAUAUGGACAAGCAAAAAAUACAGAUGAUAGAUAGGGGUGGUGGUGGGUGUUUGAGGUAAUUUGCUGGUAUGAUUGUCAUAGGAUUUGCCUAAAAAAAUUAUUAAAAUGGAAGAGUGCUCACCUUU